AUGCCUCCCCGCGGAAUAGGUCGUGGUCGUGGCCGUGGUCGUGGUCGCGGUCGUGGCAAGGCCCCGGUAGCGCCAGCUCCUCCUAGUCGUUCGCCCACUCCAUCUAAGGUUGAGAGUGUGAUUUCUAGCUCGGACGAUAAGCAGGAGGAAACCUCUAGUGCACCUAAAUUCUCGCUAGCAGCACGCUCGGUGAUCACUAGUUCCGAGACUCCUACUCCCAGCACUCCCACUCCUAGUGGACCCACUUCUCUUGCUAGUCUCCGCCGUGCCCUUACCGGUGGAUUCGGUAUUGCUUUAGAUAAGAAGCUAGCGAAGGAUAUCGCUAAGUCCUACGAAGCAGUUAUCCACAACUAUCGUGGAUUGCUCUAG